AUGGUCCUCGUCAGAUUGACUGCCCCAUCCUUACCUGACCGUUCGGCCUGGGACCCUUUCCAUUACCAUCCUUCUCAGAGAAAGCUAGACGAAGACAGCUUCGCUGAGAUACCAUCAAACCUUGGAGGGAACGCCGCUGAUAUCGAAGUGCGAAUUGCUGGCAAUCUCGAACGCUUCGAUAAAAACUUUGGAUCGGCAGACCUCGAUUUUGAAGAAGCUGUAGUCGAAGUCGAGGUGGAAGACGAAGACGAUGACGACGAUGAAGACUCCUUCUCCGUCCUUUCUGAUGACGGCCUGACCAAAAACAUCGAAACGGGCAGGCUCCUCUACUCUCGCAAACAGCUUUGGGCCUAUGAAGAGGGCCUUCGGGACCGAGAAACGGUGACCCUUGCCGUGGGAGGCUCUGCAAAGGCGGUAAAGAUUAAAGAGAAGACAUGGAAGCACCGAUAUCCACCCACAAAGCUUUCACCUGAUAUCUUCAACCCUUCAUUUGACGACAUUCUUGUGAAUAUUGAAAACUUUAUCGACUGCUACAAGUCCGGCUCUGUGCCAGUGACAAAACUUGGCGGAUUUUCUGAAAAAUCAGUCACGGCCAAACACGAAAGCGAAAUCCGGGGUGAAGAGUGGAAUGUUUUGGGCUAUUAUGAUGGCAUGGAGCCCCAUAAGGCAAGUGACGAGCCACUCCAACCUGAAUGGGAAGAUCUUGCUCAGAUGCCAUGA